UUCAUCAGGAACCGUCGUCUGUUUACAUUAUUUCCUUGAUAACAAUAACUAAGAUGAUUUAAAGUGUCAUCAGCCACAGCUCUAGAUGAACGAGAGAGGUAGAGAAAUUAGAAUGUGUAUUGAUCAGGUUACAUCAUUCCAGGUAUGAGUGGCUAUUUUUACCAGUACAUCACAGUGGUUGUCCGAGACUUUAUUUUCUUCCAUGAUGAUGUACAGUCCACCACGAUUGCGGUAGCCAUUGCUAGCUCUCUCUGCUGCUCCAUUGUGUGGGCUAUCUGUCACUUGCUGACUUUGGGCUCCUCUUCUGCUUCGUGUAAAUCAACCAAAGAUAAAAGACCUUCCAAUAGAACAUCAAACUUUGCUUGGAGCAAGUCCAAAAGGAGGAAAUCUCCCACCAAUUCAACAAGUUCUGAAGAUGAUACUGCUUUGGAAGAUGACAUUGAAGUUCCUUGCAUUAAGUGUGGGGAGUACAUAGCUGACUACACCUGUAGAUUUGUGACCUGUAAGAUUUGCUGCCUGGCCCCCUCAUCGUGUACCACUCAUCAAGCGGCCGAGAAACGGCGAAGACCUUACAGAAUACCCAGAAAUGGUGUGACUGAGAUCAAUCUAAGCAACAAUGACAUCACAGAGUGCCCCCAGAGAAUGGGUUACAUCGGGCCCCAGCUGACGCUACUGAACCUGUCCCACAACAACCUGUGUCACAUUCCUGUAGAGAUCGGAUGUCUACUGGGGCUGAAGGAGCUACUGCUAAAUAACAAUAACAUUAGCUCAAUACCUGACAGUAUUGGUUCUUUAAUCAACUUACGAGUGUUGAAGUUGUCUAAUAAUUUCAUAAAAUAUUUGCCAGAAUCAUUAACAAGUUUGUCUAACCUUGUUCAACUUGAUGUUCGAAAAAACAAACUACAGUCACUGCCUGCUGGAAUCGGGAGUCUGUUAAACUUAACAUGUCUGAAAUCAGGGUCAAAUUCAAUACAGCACAUGCCAGCCAGUUUAUACAAAUUAAAGAAUUUAAAAGUCUUGAAAUUUGAGAAGAAUAAGAUUGACAGUUUGUCAGGAGCUGUCAGUAACUUGCUGGAUUUGGAGGAUCUGAAUUUGUCACACUGUCAGCUGUCGGCCAUUCCAAGAGAGCUGGGUUCCUGUUGUGCUCUCCGAAAAGUUGACAUCUCCCAUAAUAGAAUCACUGAUUUACCAGCACACUUUGGUCAGCUAAGAGAACUGACAAGGCUGAAUCUAUCAGGGAACAAUCUACGGUACAUUCCAUCCACCAUCCUCCUGAGUACCAUCCAAGACUGUAAUGUUUCAGAUAAUGACUUUAUAUCAAGUCAACAUUCCAUAAAAUGUGUUCCCAUGGUCUGUAAAAUUCCUCCCUUGCUGGAAUUGAGUGCAAGGGCCAUUGUUCACAACAAUCCACAUGACAAGUUAGAGGACUUGCCACAAUCAUUACAAGAAAUGAUCACAAAGAGAAAGUACUGUGUGACUUGCUACAAGCCAUGUUUUGUGACUUUCCAAAUGUCGUUGACAUUCCACCAGUUGUCCAGUGUCAACAUUCCUGUUGUGUCCAUUACAUGCCCAGCCUGUUCGUCAUGUUCAUGUUAAUCUAAUCAUUUCAUCGUCUCUACAAAUCUAGUCAUAUAGCAACAUUUGUGAUUUGUUUUCAAGAGGUUUUUCUUUCCUUUUGAUGCACCUUUCUCUUAAUUCUUACAAGUAUUUUAACAUUGAUGAUUGCUUUGCAUGACACUAGUAUUUUUAUGUAGAAAUACAUAUGUCUGCUCAAGUUAUUAAUUGUACUUGAGCAAUAGGGUUUUUAUCAAUUUUGGUAGACAAGAUAUUGAUAAGUACGUCAUAUUUCUUUUUUUAUCUUUACCAUAAUCUAGUCAUAUUUAGCUUUACGGAAGGCAACACUUGUAUUUUCUUUUAAAAUAUAAAUGUACUAGUUAAUAGGCUAACCUCUUAAGACUGUUUUAGGCAUUGCCAUUACACUUAACUAUUCACUACCCUUAUAUAUUAUGUAGUCUUUUAUAUAAUUUUAUUUAUUCAUCCCAUUGAAUACUAGAAGCAUUGCAGACACAAGCAUGGGAAAGUAUUCACCAUAUUCACAGUAAAGUAUUCAAUAUGUCCAAAAUUUUACCAAUUAUAUUUAAGAAUUCAUCCUCUGGUAUGUUGAACAUAGUAAGAGGAGUCCCUUUUAUAGCUAAUGCACACAAUUAUCACUUUCACUGAGAGUUUGCAACUCGCUUGGCUAAAGCUGUGCUCAAUUUAUUUUAUUCUAAUAUACAUGUAUACAAUUUUAUUUCUAUCAAUUUUUUAUAUAUUGUAUUGCAUCGCUGUGUUGUGAAAUGUAAUAAAAAAUGUUGAAGCAUACAA